UGUGUGAAGUGUGCAAAUGCCAGCAUGACUCCAGGAAAGAGAGAAAGGCCAGAGUUUAUUCAUACACCUCAUCAUUUUACAUGUAAGACAUCCUGAGGACAUCUUCAGAGCAGAUUUUUAAAUCUUUGGUGGAUUAAAAUCAAACAGAAGAUGCCCAGGACAAGAGUGACUCUAGCUACUUUGUCCAUUUGUUCUCUUGUUGUUGAACUGGGAGCUGCCCUCUGCCUAAGAGAAGAAGAAGGGAGCAGUUAAUAGAAUUGAAGUGUGUUCUUCUUUUGCUGCUCUGUGAUUAUGUGCUGGAACUGUAAUUUCUUCUGCUAUACCUUUUGGGACAGAAUUAUAGGGAUACAACCAAGGAGAAUAAUGUCACCUGUGAGAUAAGUUAUCUAGCAGUUAUAUUGGAAAUCUGCUUUUGGCCACCUCAGAACAUCAGCUCUAGCAGUAAACGCCACCGAGAGCAAUACAGGAUGUGCCCUGGAUACUCCGACGACGCUUGGAUCAAGAGACAUUUAAAGCAUCCAAAGUUCUUCUGGCUGCAAGGAACAUUUCAGUUCUUAGUGGCUGUGCUUCAGUCCGGAAAUGACCGUAGUGAUUGAAGUUCCUCAUAGCCCCAGCACAUCACUUUUGUGUGAGGAAAUGCUUCAUCACCCCUGCUGAGUCUCUGCACUGGAAACAUGCAAGCCCCCUGUGAACGUGAAGACACAAACUUGCUGCUCCAGCCACUGUUUGAGGGACAGAAUUAUGGAGCUGCUGCAGAGGAGGGCACGGAGUGUCCAUCUGUGGCUGUGUCAAGGAACAAUCCAGCAAAGAGGGACUGCCUGGUAGUUGCUGUGCUGUGCUUUGGGAAUUUAAUAAAUUUCAUUGAUUGGUUCAUUGUGCCAGGGAUCCUGUUGGAUAUACAGAAAUACUUCAGGCUCAGUGAUGGGAAGACAGGUCUACUGCAGACAGUCUUCACCUUGUGUUACAUGCUGGCUGCCCCCAUCUUUGGAUACCUUGGAGAUCGCUACAACAGGAAGAUCAUCCUUGGAGCUGGAAUUUUCUUCUGGUCUGGUGUGACCUUGGGGAGCUCAUUCAUCACUGAGUCGCAUUACAGGAUAUUUGUUCUUUCACGAGGAUUGGUUGGCAUUGGCUCUGCCAGUUACUCCACUAUAGCACCUACCAUCAUUGCAGACCUGUUUGAGGAAGGAAAAAGGACCACAGUGUUAUCUAUCUUCUACAUUUUCAUUCCAGUGGGAAGUGGCUGUGGUUAUAUGCUGGCAGCUGGCAUGGCAAAAAGCACAGGUGACUGGCACUGGGCAUUCAGGGUAACUCCUUGCAUGGGAGGACUGGCACUGCUUCUCCUGAUUCUGCUGGUCCCUCACAGGAUCCAGAGAAAGACAGCAGCACACAGAGCACUGAGCAUCUCUGGCAUGGUAGGAAGAGCAGAUGAGAAGCCAGAUGUACACAGAACUACCAAGACUACUUGGUGUCAAGAUGUGGGAUCACUGGUCAAGAACUGUAGUUUUGUCUGUUCCUCACUGGGUCUCACUGCCAUGGCCUUUGUCACUGGAGCCCUGGGAAUGUGGAUGCCACUGUUUCUGUACAGAGCUCAGGUUGUGCAGGGCCUUGUCCCACCGUGCCUCCAAAACUCGUGCAAUUCAUCGAACAGCCUAAUAUUUGGAGGCAUCACCAUUGGGACAGGAAUCCUGGGUAUUAUUGCUGGGGCAGAAGCUGCAAGACGUUUAAGGAAGAUAAACAACAAAGCUGAUCCUCUGAUCUGUGCCACAAGCAUGUUCAUUUCUGCACUCUGCCUCUACAUAGCUCUGAUGGUGGCCCAGACAAACAUCCUUUCCACUUUUAUUUUUAUUGCAUUUGGAGAACUGUUUUUGUCUGUAAACUGGGCUGUUGUGACAGACAUACUGCUGCCAGACAAUGUAGCUAGGAAUUCAUUUCUCCUGCGACCUGUGGAGCUGAAGAUGCUGACAAAAAAGAUGCUGACUGAAUGAUAAGGACUUCCUCCCUUUGUGGCUGGUGCAUCAAGAGGCAUUGCAUGUAGCCACCUUAGUGCCUCCUAUUCAGUGUAAACACAAAGGUAUCUGCUGAACCACUACAGUCCUAAUGUGCAAGUGGAGAAGUGCUGUGGCUGCCCUGCUGGUUUACUGGGAGGCUCUUCUUGGAAUGCUCCUUAUGAAACAUGUUUGCCACCUGUGAGAUUAUGGAACUCUGUCUUUUAGGUUUUUGGCAGCUAAUAGUGUAGGAGAUGCUGGAACUGGAGGGGUUUAGGAAGGCUACCAAGAUGUCCCUGUCUUUGGAAGUGCCCUGGGAUGUACAGAAGUGUUCACCAGCCUGUGUGUUCCAUCUGCUUUUUUAGCUGACAGCUCUGUGGCAGAAGGGUCUCUGAAACCUCCAGAGGCAGCACGAGGGAUCUGCAAACUGUACCUGUUUGGGGCACCUGUUUCUGUCCAGACACCUGGGCUGGAUCUUUGAGGAGUGUGCAGGAUGUCACCCCACUCCUGCCAAGGUGUCACCCCCACUCCUGCCAAGGUGUGGGGUCCUGGGCAGUCACUGUGGCCAGGCAGGGCCCCUUGGCUUCUUCAGAGUCGCUGUGGGAAGGUGUCUUUUGUUUCUUCUUUUCCUAGUGAAUCCCACAGUGCCCUGAGCUCUUGAGUGCAGUUUCUCUUGUGCAGAAGAACCUGAAUAAUAGCACAGGCAGAGUUUGUAUGAGCCCUGAAACUACAGAAAACACCCCAUCCCUCUCUCAGUUUUGUUCCAUCUCUUGUAGUUACAGAUAUGGGAUAUUAAAUAAAGGUAGUAAGGAAGUAAUGCAAGGCACUGGAAGAGCCAAAGUACAUUUAGCUUUUCUCAUGCUUUCAAUGCCCAUGAUAUAUUAAGUGCAUAAGAAUAUUUGAUUUGCAUUUCUCAAACACAACCUGUCAUGAUCCAUAAAGGAAAUUUGAGUCUAGGGCAGAUGACAUGAAAACCUCAGAGAGCCAUGGGCUGACAGUCUCCAAUCUAGGACAGUCUGUCAUUGCCAGGUCUGCUUCCCAAGCUCAGAGUUUCCUAUUGUGGUUUUUUGUCUCUGUACAAGUGAGCCUCUUCACAAAGUGUGCAUGCUCAUCAUCCAGGUAGGUUCUGAGAGAAAAAAAGUGGGUAGACUGCACACCCUCAGUCUAGGCCAUAGUGUGCUUUGGCCUCAGUGGGAAGGAGCUGUUGGAUUGGCACCCAUGGGUGACAAGGAUUUCAGAAGAGCCAAUCUCACCUAGCUCUGCUCCUACAUUGCCUGGGGACUGGAUGCAGUGUUGUGGCAACAUGACAUCACACUGGUUUUCUGUAACUCUGGAGAGACCUCCAAAGCAUCCUGGUUUAAUAUUUAUUAUUAUUGAAGCACUCUACCUAAACAUUCCUAAUGAAAAAGAAAUGUUUUAUCCAUGCUGAGAGAUACCUGCUUUGGAGGGACUGGGAAUGGAGUGGGUUAUGCAUUAGCUGCACAUGUGCAAAGGAAGGAAGGAGGUUGUCUGUUCUAAUCCAGCUGCUCAGAGCUCUCUUGCUGGGUGCAGAAAUGCUGGUUUAAGAGUGAUUUGUGUAUCCAAGGUGGAGUCCAAGUGCCUAAGAGGGGCACUGCCAGUGUUCUCUGGUUCUUUAUGAAACUGUAUGUGGUAAGCAGGACCAAAACUCUAAAUUAAAAGUGAGAGCAGGGUCUUUUUUAGUUUUAAACCCAGCUUAACAUGUAUAUUAAUGUUUUCUUGAAGGCAGUGAUAGAGCCAUAGUAUAGAUCAUACACCUUGAGUCUGUCCCUUGGUAAAACACCAAUCAUUCUAUUAAUUAGUGUGUGAGACAUACUUAAUGACACUUAGGUGAGUUUCAAGAAAACCCCCCCAAACUGUGGAAUAGAGGACUGAGAAAAUAUUAAGCAUUUUGUUUCUGAUGUGAGCAAGUGGUUGGAAAACAGAUAUGAAGGUUUGAAAUUGCUUCUGUAGCAUGCUGACUGUGAAUGCUUUUUGCAUAAA